CCACAUUCUCAUUUGCAAGAAAGGAGGUUUUGUCAACAGCAGACACAACCGACUGAGAGACACCAUUGCAAGCAUUCUUGAAAAAAUCUGUAAUGAGGUUGUUGUAGAGCCCACACUCCAGCCAUGCACUGGAGAAAGCCUUCGCCCUGGUACAAUUCUGGAUGAUGGGGCAAGGCUUGACAUUGCAGCUAGAGGUCUGUGGUCACCAAUGGAGAUGGCAUUUUUUGAUAUCAGGGUUUUACACCCCGGAGCCAAAUCCAACGCUAAUCACAACACCCCAGCAAAGAUGUACAUGAAGCAUGAGAGAGAAAAAGAAAGGAAAUAUGGAGACCGCUGUGUACAGAUCGAAAAAGGAACCUGCAAUGGCCUUGUAUUCUCGACCACCGGAGUGAGAGGACACAGAGGACGGUAUUAUGAGAAAGCAAUACCUGUUGAUGAACUGGACCUAAAUCUCGCACACACCACCAGCGAUGAAGACAGGGGUGAUGAUGUUGAUGAUGAAGAUGAGGAAGUUGGAGAUGAGGUUGAGAAUGUAGAGGAAGAGGUUUCAGAAGAGUGAGCUGAAAAGAAGACAAGUUUCUAUUCUAAUUUACUGAUUAUUAUAUUUAUUGAAAU